AUGGCUUCAGUCGACCCCAAUGCGCUGGCCGCCCAGCUCGAGCGCCUCGGCCUCGACAAGGUCGAGCGAUAUCCCAACUGCUUCCCCGAGACCAACCCCGUGGACGUCUACCGUUCCCACAUCACCUCCCUGAUGCAUGAGGUCACCGGAAUUGACACUGCUCUCAUCUAUCCGGCUGUCCAGUGGACCCAGUCCCUCGACAAGGGCGACGCCAUUCUCGCCGUCCCUGCUCUCCGUGUCAAGGGCAAGAAGCCCAACGACCUGGCUGUCGAGUGGAUUGCCAAGUUUCCCGAAUCGCCCUUGAUCGAGAAGCCCACCGCUGCCGGCCCCUUUAUUUCCUUCUUCUUCAAGCCUGGUGCCCUCACCAACUUCCUCCUCCCUACCAUCCGAAGUCGGGGCGAAAACUUCGGCAGAAACCCCCACAAUGGUCUCAAGGACCCCAACGAUCCCAACUCCGGCAAGAAGAAGAUGAUUGUCGAGUUCUCCUCCCCCAACAUUGCCAAGCCCUUCCACGCUGGUCACCUGCGAAGUACAAUCAUCGGUGGCUUCCUCUCCAAGUUGUACGAGGGAGCUGGUUGGGAUGUCACCCGAAUCAAUUAUCUGGGUGACUGGGGCAAGCAGUACGGUUUGUUGGCCCUUGCUUGGGAGAAGUGGGGUGAGGAGGACGCCCUCCUCGCCGAUCCCAUCAACCAUCUCUUCAACCUCUACGUCCGGAUUAACCAGGACAUGAGCGCAGAGAAGGAGACCAUCGAAGAGAAGAAGAAGGCUGGCGAGGAUGUUACCGAGCUCUUGGCCAACUGCUUGGAUGAGCAAGCCCGAAAGUACUUCCGACAAAUGACCGACGGUGACGAGAAGGCCGUCGCUCUUUGGCGACGAUUCCGAGAUCUCAGCAUUGUGCGAUACAAGCAAACUUACGCUCGACUAAACAUUGAGUUUGACGUCUACUCCGGAGAGAGCCAGGUCCCCGAGUCCGAUAUGGAGAAUUCUGCCAAGGUUCUCCUCGAGAAGGGCGUGUCCGAGGAUUCUGACGGUGCUGUUCUCAUUGACUUCUCAAAGCAUGUCGCUGGCAAGCCUGGAAAGAGCCUCGAGAAGGCCGUUAUCCGAAAGAGAGACGGCACUGCUCUGUACCUGACUCGAGAUAUCAGCGAGCUCCUGAACCGAAACGCGGAAUACAACUUCGAUCACAUGAUCUACGUCGUGGCUUCUGCCCAGGACCUGCAUCUCAAGCAGCUCUUCAAGACCGUUGAGCUCAUGGGUCACGAUGAUAUUGCCAAGAAGUGCCAGCACAUCAACUUCGGUCUUGUGUUGGGCAUGAGCACCCGUAAGGGCACUGUCAAGUUCCUCGAUGACAUCCUUCGUGAUGUCGCCGAUACCAUGCACGAGGUGAUGAAGAAGAACGAGUCCAAGUACGCCCAGAUUGAGAAUCCUGAGGCCGUUGCCGAUAUCCUCGGCAUCAGCAGUGUCAUGGUUCAAGAUAUGUCAGGAAAGCGUAUCAACAACUACAAGUUCAACAUGGAGACCAUGACGUCUUUCGAGGGUGACACUGGCCCCUAUCUCCAGUACGCUCACGCUCGUCUCUGCUCUAUUCGCCGAAAGGUUGGCCUUAGUGACGAGGAGCUGGAGAGUGCUGACCUUAGCCUCCUGACUGAGAAGCACGCUGUUGACUUGAUCCGCCUCCUCGCCCAGUGGCCCGAUGUUGUUCAAAACACCCUCAAGACCCUUGAGCCCACCACCAUCUUGACGUACCUCUUUAAGAUGUCCCAUGCUGUCAGCUCUAGCUAUGACCAGCUCCGAAUUGUCGGCAGUGAGAAGGAGCUCCAAAAGGCUCGUAUGGCUCUGUAUGAUUCGGCCCGAAUCGUGUUGAGCAAUGCAAUGAAAUUGCUGGGCCUGUCGCCCGUGAACCGGUAG